AUGGCCGUCUUGUCAGUUCUGGGUGUGGUGCUCGGUGUCACCAUCUCAACCGCAUGGAGUCAAACCCUGACGGAUGAGAAGAUUCAGAAGAUGGGAAACAACACUCUCUUCACACGCUGGAGACCUUACUCCCAUUUCCUUGCUCCCGCUGGGUGGAUGAAUGAUCCUUGUGGCCCCAUGUACGAUCCGGCCGAAGGUUUAUAUCAUAUGCAUUACCAGUUUAACCCGAACCACGUCAACUGGGGCAAUAUUUCAUGGGGGCACGCAACCUCUCCGGACCUCCUAACCUGGACGGAUGUUGACAACUCUCCCACUGAUGGACUCGCUGCCUGGAAGAAUGGUCAAGCGCAGUCGCUUGUGACCACCAACCUGACCAGCGACCACCAUGACCCGGCGCUGUACAAUCACCUGGGUAUCUUCUCCGGAACAGCCCAGCCUGUCAACCUCUCUGGGGUAUCAGACGGCACCUUUCUCGCCUUCUAUACAUCCGUUUCAAGACUGCCAACCUCAUACACGUUGCCGUAUUUGAAUGGAACAGAAAGCCAAAGUCUGGCAUACUCUACUGACGGUGGCGUCACUUGGCAAGAAUACGAGAACAACCCGAUCAUCGGCCAACCCCCUGAAGGCUGGAACAUCACUGGCUGGCGUGAUCCCUUCUUCCUUCCAAUCCCAAAGCUGGACACGCUCCUUAACUACGCAGAGCCUCACUACUAUGCUGUCUUCGGCUCCGGCAUCAAGGGCGUUGGCCCUCGCAUGCCAUUGUACAGCGCUCCUGCUUCUGAUCUCACCGACUGGACUUUCCUCGGCUCUCUUUGGGAACCGGCCGCGAACAGCACCUUAGGCUCGUUGGUGGAAACCGGCUCCUACGGACUCAACUUUGAAGUUUCCAACUUUUUCGAACUUGAUGGCCGUUACUUCGUCAGCAUGGGUGCUGAAGGUGGGGAAGUGAGCUUCCAUGACCGACGGUGGUCCUUGUGGAAUGAAGGCACUGUUUCAGCUCGCUCUAACGGCAGUGUUUCUUUCAACCCUGUUUCUGGUGGUGCGGCCGACUGGGGUCUUCUCUAUGCGAUUACCUCGUUCAACGACACCAAGAACAACCGCCGUAUUCAGUACGGAUGGGCAGCGGAGGACAUGGAUAACUUUGGCAUCACGCAGCAAGGCUACCAGGGAGCACUGUCAUUGCCCCGCGAGCUUUUCAUCAAAGACACCGUCGGCGUCGUGCACAACCCUGCCGACACAACCCCUGGAAACUCCCGCUACUUCAAGAACUCCAACGGCACCUGGACCGCCAGCACCCUUGGUGUCCGCCCAGCCAGCGAUGUCGUCGAAGGUCUCCGCCGUGGCUCCCACCACACCAAGACUCACUGUAGCCGCAGAAUCUGCGACAGUACCAGUCAACUCCCGCUGCCCAGCAAGCUCAGCAACUCCUACGAGCUGAAGCUUGUCAUCAAGAACACCACUGGUGCUACAGGCGUCACCGUUGCUGCCUCGCCCGGCGGCGAGGAAUACACCAACAUCUACUACGACCCAGCUAAGCACUCCAUCUCCCUGGACCGCCUGCACUCCUCCCAGAUCACCAUGUUCCCCAACACAACGCUGGCCGGUCACUUCGAGCCCUACCAACUGGACCGCACGGGGACAGAACCCAUCGAACUGAACAUCUUUGUUGAUGGCUCCAUGGUCGAGGUCUUUGUCAAUGACCGCUUUGCUCUGACCGGCCGCAUCUACCCCAGCCGAGAGGACAGCCACGGCUUCUCAUUGUACUCUGCCCCUGGCGCUCAUGUCGAGUACUCGGACAUUCAAAUCUGGGACGGUCUGCUCAACGUCUGGCCUCAGCGACCCUUGAACAGUAGCUCCGUGCUUGUAUUUGACACGCCGGCUGAGACGAAUAACUACACUUGGUGGGAUGGUAACUAG